AAUGUCAAAUGCUAAGUAAAACAACAAUACAGAAAUGUUAAUAAAUAUAUUUUAUUUCGUUUAGUAUUUAAUAGCAAAUAAUUAUAUUACAUGCUAAUUUACUUGUAUUCAUAGUGCUCCUUAGUCUUAUUAUACUUUGACAUGAUAUGAAAUAAUCCUAUCGAUGUGAUAGAGUUUUGGAGGCGUAUCGUGUCAGCAAUUAUUAUUUUCGUGUAAUUUCUUAUAAAAUACAAACAUGCACGAGGCAUAUGAAGUGUCCCACCUUCUUAAUCUUACGGUCCAAAUAGAAGCUAUUGCAGCAUAUGAUGAUCACCUGAUACUGGGGACCAGGCAGGGCCACCUGAUGAUGUAUUCACUGUCAACCACCAACGGGAAUCAGAAAUAUGAGCUACAACUCUUACAGUACUGUAAGAAUUUUAGCAAGAAACCCAUUCAGCAGAUUGAAGUGAUCCCAGGAGAUAAUCUUCUUUUGUGUCUCACCGAUAACAUACUAACGACACAUGAUAUUAAAGGUGUCAAUUUCCCACUUCUAAAAACAUUUUCACAAACAAAAGGGGCAUCCCUAUUUGCUAUCGACAAUAAGUCCCAAACCUCCAUGACUGGUGAAUCAAAUUCCGUGGUCCGUCUCUGCGUCGCCGUGCGAAGGAAGCUGCAACUGUUUUAUGGAAAGAAUGGAGAAUUCAAACAGCAUUUGUUUGACUUCAGUAUUCCUGAUGUCCCCAAGGUUUUGGCGUGGGGCCAACAAUACUUGUGUGUUGGUUUCAAAUCGGAAUAUACAUUGUAUGAUCUCUCAUCCGGGAACCCCAAAGAACUCUUCCCUACCAGCAGCUCUAGGUCCCUGGAACCCACCAUAGCAAAGUACUCGGAAACUUGCUUCCUGUUGGGCCGAGACCUUACCUCAGUUUUAGUUGAAGAAGCGAAAGAGAUAGAAAUAAGGAACACUGUUAAGUGGCAGUCAGCACCUAUUGCCCUUGUGUGGGACGAGCCGUACCUCCUCGGGCUGAUGCAGGACGACAACGUGGUGGUGCAGACGGUGGAGCCCGCCUUGUUCGUGCAGACACUACCCGAACUUAAUAAAGCGAGACUGAUGUACAGAUGUAACCGUGGGCUGGUGUUUGCUGCCUCGGUAGGGCAAGUGUGGUGUCUAAGCUCCGUGGAUAUCAACAAACAAAUACAGCAGCUCCUCAAAGACAAACAGUUCCAAAUUGCCAUCAACUUGACGAGUUUGAACGACUGCCCAGAGGAAGAUAAGCGUCAAAAGAUACAUUCCAUUCAAAUGCUCUAUGCCCUAGAGCUUUUCGAUAACAAGAAAUACGCCCAGGCUAUGAACGAAUUCGGCAAACUGAACACCGAUCCCGCCGACGUCAUAAAAUUAUUCCCAGAAUUGGACAACAAACCGGGCUCUAGCGGGAAAAAUGGGAAACUAAAAGGGGAAGACUUAGAAAAUGCAUUGAACGCUUUAGUAAAAUACUUGUUGGAGUUGAGGUCGAGGAAGAGUAGUGCGAGCGAGGCGAGUGGUUCGCAAGAUGAGGCGGGACAGAGGAAUGUGCAACAGCAGUUGGAACUGAUCGAUAUAACGUUGCUGAAGUGUUAUUUGCAGAUCAACGACGCCCUAAUCGCGCCACUCCUGCGCCUAAACAACUGCCGACUAGACGAAGCGGAAAAGAUCCUGUCAGCGCACGGAAAAUACACGGAUCUCGUGAUCUUGUACCAAACUAAAGGGCAGCAUUUGAAAGCUCUACAGUUAUUGAAAGAGCAGGCUAAGCAACCGGACUCUAAUUUAAAGGGGUAUAAUAUGACCAAGAAGUGCUUGCAGCAACUAGGUGCCGAACACAUAAACCUAAUCUUCGAAUUCUCCGACUGGAUCAUUCGGGACCACCCAGAAGAAGGCUUAAAAAUAUUCAUCGAAGACAAAAUUGAAGUUGAAAACCUGCCUCGACCGAAAGUUCUAGAUUUCUUACUACGGGAACACAAAUCCCUAGUCGUUCCUUAUUUAGAACAUGUGAUACACACAUGGAACGAUACGAAUAAUCUAUUCCACGAUGCUUUGAUUAAUAUGUAUAGAGAAAAAAUAACGGAUAAAAAGGCUAAUAUUACUGAAGAGGAGCUCCAGCAUACGAAGUCGAAAUUGUUGGCUUUCCUGGAGAAAUCUUCACAUUAUACGCCGGAGAGAGUAAUAUUGCAUUUCCCGUCCGACAGUUUGUUCGAGGAGAGGGCCAUUAUUUUGGAGAAGUUGGGCAGGCAUGAACAGGCGCUUGCUAUUUAUGUACAGAUCUUAGGUGACGUCGAUCGAGCCAUACAGUACUGUGAGAAAACCUGCGAUAGCUCCAACGAAAAGAGCCGCGACAUAUACAUCAUGCUGCUUCGAAUACUAAUGAACCCUCAACAGAGCAGUGCGCUCACAGGCCCACUGGCCAACAUACCCAGACACCCGAAAACGUCGGAACCUGACCUGGAGACAGCUCUUAGUAUAUUAGAGAAGCAUGCGGACAAGAUAUCUCCUGUCAAGGCGUUGUCCGUGCUUCCCGACUCGGUGCCGCUGGCCAGGUUGAAGCACUUCCUAGAGAGCGCUCUGGACAACCAGCUUACUCUCAAGCGGAGAACGCAAGUGCUCAAGGGAUUGCUGUAUGCGGAACAUUUACAGGUACUAGAGUUGAAACAGUACCACGAGUCAAAAAGCGUAGUAAUCAACGACUACAACGUGUGCCCCGUGUGCAAGAAGCGCUUCGGCAACCAGAGCGCCUUCGUGCGCUACCCUAACGGUGACAUCGUGCACUAUUCAUGUAGGCUAGACAAGUGAACUCAUCGAACUGCGGUAUAUGCCAUUAUCAUUAGACUAUUUAACCUGCUGGAUAUGGGUCCCCUAUAGGAUCUUCAAAUCUUUAUCAACUACUACAACGUGUGCCACGGGGCACACGGGUCUAGCACACGGGUGCUAGAAGCGUUUCGGCAACCAGAGCGCCUCGACAUCGUGCACUAUUCAUGUAGGCUAGACAAGUGAAUUCAUCGAACUGCGGUAUAUUCCAUUAUAAUUAGACUAUGUAAACUCUUGGAUAUGGGUCCCCUAGGAUCUCCAAAUCUUUAUCAACUACUACAACGUGUGCCCCGUGUGCUAGAAGCGUUUCGGCAACCAGAGCGCCUCGACAUCGUGCACUAUUCAUGUAGGCUAUUAGAGAAGUGAACCUAUCGACGGUAUAUGUCAUACUCUUCAGCUUGUGUCUAGAUCUAGAUAAUGCUGAAUUUAGAUCCCCCUAAGGAUAACAUAACCAGCGCUCGUUCCAAAUGCAACGGUAAAAGUAGUAUGUAUCCAAGAUGACAAACAUACGUCCACAAACGUUAAACGAAAAGAAUGUAUCUGAAUAACUGAUGCUACGAAAAGGCACGUGAUUAUUUCCAUUAGUUAUAUAUUUAACUUAUAGGGAGCGUGCGCGAACUAUAGAGCGUAAAAUAGGAAAUCCUUGUUUAUUAGCGACAAGUGUCAAGUUUCCGACUCAGGUCACAAGGUGGCACUGUCAGACUCUACAACGCACACGGUCCAUAUUGUACACUGCUCAUGUAGAUUAGAGAAUGGAUAGUCGUAAUGCUUCAGCAUGGUUAUCGAGUUGUUAAAAUGUAUGGAACGUUUCUUCAUAGGCAAGGCAAGUCAUAUGAUGAAAUUCGUCUUUUUGUCCUUUUUUACGGCACAUAAAUGUCUAACCCACGCUUCGAAUAAAAAGUAAUUUUAUAAAAAAGAUAUAUUUUAUUAUAUUUAAAUGUUAAAUAGGAAAAACAUUAUUUAUGAACUUUUUAGCAACCUUUCCCAACCAUACCCAUUUGAUUAAAAGAAAUGUUUUGCUACCUUAUAAUUAUUUCACAUAUCUAUCCACACGUCGUUGUAUCCAAAACCGUGGUGGGGACGGGAACCCAUAACGUUAGGGCUACACGCAACAUGUCGAAGACUUAAUAUUUCUUACAAUUUAACUGAUGAAUGAAACGGAUUUAGUUACAAUUUAAACAUGAGUUAUUGUUAAAAAAAUCAAUUUAUCUAUAUAAACACUUGUCCUCAUAUACGUAAUGUCCUUGUAGUGUCCUGUAUGUUGCAUUAUUUUGUAUAGACUGCUUUAGUAGAAUUACAUCCAUUGCAUGAAGUAGAUACGAGAAUGUAUUUAGUGCCUAUAUAUUUUACUUAAUGUUAACCCUUUACCAGGCUGACAUUUCAAAAAUGACAAUCGAAUGUCAGUCUUACUCAUCAAAAAUAAAACACAUGUUUGAAGUGCUGUAUGUGGGAAAUAUAUAUCCGUUAGCCUGGUAAAGGGUUAAGACAGAUUUUUGCAAAUACUGCGAUGAAUAAAUAAUCAAAUUAGCAGUAUUUGCGAAUUGCAUCUUGUAGUGUACCUAGGAAUUAAUUGCUUUAAAUGUAAAGACGGCUGUAUAUUUAUGAAUUUUAUAUUUCGUGAUAAUAUGUUAAUAUUUAUAACUGUAUAAAUGAUAUAUUAUAGACUGUAGUAAAAUUUAUAUGGGAA